GUUUUUAACUGUUCCACUUGGCAAGCACAGAACAGAAGGAUAAGUGACAGGAGAUUGUUCCUGUUUUAUAAAGUUUAUCAGAAAUAAUAUGUUAAGAUGAGCUGCCCGAGUAAAGACAGUUUAUUUUAUACAUAGAACAUUGUAAGUCUCUGUACAGUCUAAUUUAGUUCAGCACAAGAGCUUUGCAAUAAUCCUGCCUACUUUUACUUUCUCUCUUUCUGAGUUGUAGCAACUGAGUCAUUAGUUACCAAUGCUGAUAAUUUAAUGGUAUGCUACAUGCAGCAUCUUUAACAACAUAUCAGUGACAAUGACACAUUUUCUAGAGCUGUAAACUCCACCCAUCUGGUGCACUCAGCAGAUUAAACAAAGUACAGCCACUAUUUGACCCAGAUCUGGGUGGAUCCGCUUCCUAAAUAAACAACGUUUGCAUCUCAUCAGCCAGGAAAUUCUAUUAGCACACAUUAAAAUGACCACAGAGAGGGUCGCAGGCUACAGUAUGUACCCCAGUUUUGUGGUGGAGAGGCAGGGGAGGACAAAUUGUGGGAUGCUGCUGUUGCAUUUGAGGGUGUGCCAGAGAAAUUGCUUCUCUGUGUCCUUCACCGCCUCAUUUCACUUUGUGCAAAACAGCACCCCCCCACCCCCCUCUCACUUCUGAGUGUCACCUGAUACAGCUGACAUGAGCGUUUGUGCACCCAACAUUCCUGCCUGUGGUUGUGUGUGUGGGUGCACAUAUGCUCGCAGGUCUACGUGUUUGAUACAAGCAGAAUUGUUCCAUUUGUUGACCAGACAUUUCAGAUCCAAAAAAAGCUAAAUGAAAAUGAAUUACAGCAGUUGAGAUGAUGCACUGUGGGUCACUGCACAGAUACAGAGCGGAAAGCUGAAAUAAUGAGAUGGGGAUUCAGACACAUUUGUUUGUGAAAACUGAAAUGUGCUCUGCAAACUACACUAUUUGGAGAAAGCAAAGAAAAUAUAGCCCUGCUUGGUAACAGGCAGAGGACAGUGAUUUAGAGACAUCGAAUGGUCAAACACCCUCCUUCCCUAUUCAAUAUAGAUGUUACUGAAAUGUGAAGAAAGAUCAUUUACUUGCCAACAGUUCCAUCUGGAUCACUAUGAGCAGCUCAGUCACCAGUGGAGAGAUAUUAACAUUGAGAGUCAAGUGCAACUACAGACCUUCACUUUAAGCUGAAGCUCCAGCUGCCAGUUAAUUAGCCACAAGUUAAGAGGGAUGAUGAUAAUACAGCGUUGCCUUUAAAAAUACCUGGAUGAGUUCAGAUCGAAAAUAAAAAACAAAUACUACAAAUUUGUAACUUGUAAAUUAUCUUAGAUUCUACAUGAGUCCAGUAUCAUGUCAAAGUUAACAUUUCAAUAAAAGACCACAAGAUUUUAAGGUGACAUUUUGCAAAAAAAAAAAAUCUUUUUACCGCAUGCAGAUACUGUUCAGAUGCAUUGAGUCGUCAUUAAUAAAUUAACCUUUUCUGCAGAAAAUAAUUUUAUAAAACUUGCGGCAAUAGCUGGUUAGUGAUCACUGAGCUGAUACAGCUGUUUAUUUCAACAUUUCUGAAGCCAAAGUGAGCCUAUACCACUGGCUGAGAAUUGGCAGGUGAAGGUUCAGUCCCCGUCGUCUCCUCUCCGAGGCGCAGUCAUCCAGCGUUUCUCAGAGGAGGAAGUGCAGCUUGCGGUAACAGCGAAUUGAAAGUACGCCAUAAAUAUGGCGCCAAAAGAGUUUUCAAGCUGAUGAUAAGAGCAGAAUUUUCUCUGUGUUGUCUUUUUUCUGGUGGUGGGGAGAGAGGCAGCAAGACAAGGGCCGCCUGUGCAUUUGUAGAGAGCAGUGCGCACGUAACACCGGGCAGAGGAGUGGAAGCAAGGCAAGGCAGCAAGUGAAGACGAGGAGAGCUCAGUGUUUUAUUUUUGAAGGAGGGACGUUGCGAAACUGGCUUGCGAUCUUUUCUGACUCAUCGUUUGGAAAUAAAGCAUCCUUUUCUUUUUUCCUCCCCCCUCCUCUUGCUUCUCCGUCCCCUCCUCCCGCACCGCUGGCACCGGAGAGGAAAACAGUCGGAUUUUGACACGACGUUUGGGCUGCUUUUGCAAAAUGCGACAUGCUUUCCUGUGAGAGGUACGUUGUGCGCACCUCGCAGCCUGAUACACCGUGAACAGCCGCGGCACUGCCGUGUUCGCUGUCGCAGACUUGCAGAGGCUGCAACUCAGCCCGGCUGCCACUUUUGGAUUUUAUAUCGGAUUUGGACUGGGCCGUCGGUCUUUGCAGAGCUGACGCGCUGUCAGCGCGCACCGUGAAGGGAAGGGAGUGGAGGGGAAGGGACAGUCCUGUCAUCCAACGUGGAUUCAGAGUCGGGGCUGCUGAGCAGCUCUGCUAGCAGCCUGCCAGGGCACCGAGUGUGCAAACGGAACUAGUGCUAAUCAUCCACUGUAAAACUACAUGUGUCUGGCUCUCAAUGAUCUCCUAAUCUCCAGGAAUCGCUCGCCGUCCAGCACUGAGGACGUUUCUGCACCCAAAGCUGACUGCAAUCAAGAUGGAGAGUGAGAAGAAGAGGAGAAAAUACUCCACGAGCAGCAAUGACUCCGACACCACCGACAGUCAGGUGACAUCGUGGUCCAGGUCAUCCAAAAAUAUGGGCACCAGCAGCACAUGGGUCCGCCACCAGCACAAGAAACCAUCAGAGGUGUUUCGUACCGACUUCAUCACGGCCAUGAAGCUGCCGGACUCGGCCCAGCUUGGCAUGGACGACUUCUACUUGCUCUCCGAUCCCUGGAGACAAGAGUGGGAGAAGGGAGUACAGGUCCCUGCCAACUUGGAGGCUAUACCGGAGCCUUUGGUCAGGUUGCUGCCGGAGUCGACAGGUGGUAUGUCCAGCACGAGGCAGGAGACGGAGGGUGACACCCAGCCUCCUCCCACCCAGCUCUACAGCUGUUACGACCUGGAUGAUCUGGAUGUUGCCUGGCUGGAACUGGUCAACCAAGAGUUCAGACAGAUGGCCAUACCGGAGCUGGAUGAGCUGACGAUGGAGUGUGUUCUAGUCCAGCUGGAGAGUGUGUGCAAGGAGAAGAUGCAGCAGGCCAUUGAGACGGAGGAAGGUCUGGGCAUCGAGUAUGAUGAGGAUGUUGUGUGCGAUGUCUGCCGCUCGCCAGAGGGAGAGGACGGCAACGAGAUGGUCUUCUGCGACAAGUGCAACGUGUGUGUUCAUCAGGCGUGUUAUGGCAUCCUGAAGGUACCCCAGGGGAACUGGCUGUGUCGAACGUGUGCUCUGGGCGUCCAGCCCAAAUGUCUGCUUUGUCCCAAGAGAGGGGGGGCCCUCAAGCCCACCCGCAGUGGAACCAAGUGGGUCCACGUCAGCUGUGCCUUAUGGAUCCCUGAGGUGAGUAUAGGCUGUCCAGAGAAGAUGGAGCCCAUUACCAAGGUUUCCCACAUCCCCGCCAGCCGCUGGGCUCUGUCCUGCAGCCUGUGCCGAGAACACACAGGGACCUGCAUACAGUGCUCCAUGCCCUCCUGCAUUGUUGCCUUCCACGUGACUUGCGCCUUCGACCACGGCCUGGAGAUGAGGACCAUCCUGGCUGAGAACGACGAGGUGCGUUUUAAGUCUUUCUGCUUGGAGCACAGCUGCACCGCCAGCAACAGUAGUACUACCACCACCAUCCCCUCCAGUUUGACCGGUAUGAACGGCAACCAUACCACCAACGGAGCAUAUGGCGCAGCCAGACCUGACUGGGCUGCCGCCGGUGUCAUUUCUGAGCUCCGGCCAGAGCCGCAGCACCAACCAAACGGCAGCAGUAACCUGGAUCAGAGGUCGGUAUCGUACCCGGUUUCUGUGUCGGCGUCAGAGCGAGCUGAGCGGGACCAGCUGGAAAGAGAGAAGGUGAGCCAGAGGAAACAGAAGCUCCAGGAGCUGGAGGAUGAGUUCUACCGACUGGUGGACCCCAGGGAGGUGGCUGAAAACCUGGGGCUGCCCGUUUCCCAGGUGGACUUUGUGUAUCAGUUCUGGAAGUUGAAGAGGAAGGCCAACUUUAAUCAACCUCUGGUGACCUUAAAGAGGGAUGAGGUGGACAACCUGGCCCAGCAGGAGCAGGACGUCCUCUACAGACGCCUCAAACUCUUCACACACCUCCGACAAGACCUGGAGAGGGUGCGUAACCUGUGUUACAUGGUGACACGGAGGGAGAAAAUGAAACACACCCUGUGCGACCUCCAGGAGAAGAUCUUCCACCUGCAGAUACAGCUGCUGGAAGAGGACAUGGCUGGAGAGAAAACCCAAAAGGGUGAAAAGAGGAAACAAAAUGGAGUGAAGGAGAAAGGGAAGGAGAGAAGGAAGAAUAGUCCUGAGAAGAAAAAGGAGAGAUGGAAGUCAGAGAGCGGCUCCCUGCUGAAAGAGCUAGGCUUGUCAAAGUCCUUCCCAUUGGACAACUCUUUGUUCGACAGCUGGCUCGCCCAGUCAGUUCAGAUCACUGCUGACGACAUGCUGAGCCAGUGGGCUCUGGAUGCCCAGCACGGGGACAAGAGCAGCAGCCUUCUCUCUGACCAGCUCCUACAGGGUGAGGAGAACCUGUUAAACCUUAUGAUGGAGAACUCCAUGCAGUCCACCUGGAAAACACCCCAGCUGGGCCGCAAACCACGAGGGAGCAGCAAGCCUCGUGCUCGUGGACAGUCCACCAAUCAAACUCAGCCCGAGAUGCUAUUGUCUACAGCGGCCGCUUCCGCCGCCAGCAGCCCCUCCUCCACAAAGAGCCUCUGGAUGAAUGUUGCAGAGGAAAAGCCCAGCCACAUGGGCCGGAAAGGCGAAAAGUCCAGGGGAUCCUCUAAGGCCCUGCACCACCACCUUCAUCACCAUCAGACGAGGAGCUCUGACCUACAGAGGGACCCACCACCACAACCACCCAUCUCCAAAAUGGAUUCCUGUCACAUCUCAGAGGACAGUGGCCCAUGGAACAUCGUCCACACAGGGAAUGGUGUUGCAUCAGCAGCUGGAUCUGGUUUCAACAUGGGCUCAUCUCCACCUCCAGCUUCCAGUCCUGGGGUCACGGUGCCCGACACAGGGACGAUCCAUCGUGGCGGGGCCCCGCGGCUCCGUCUGUCCCGCCAGGGUAAACCAAGAGGGAGGGGCAUGAACGGAGGUGGAAGCAUAGCAAGGCUGGAGUCCUUAAACCUGACGCUCACAGGAAAGGCCACGUCCCUCCUGGACACUGCUGAGACUGAUGGGUCCUACUCUGACGGCGAGCAGAGUGAUGCGGACACACGCUCUGGCAGACGCAAACUCCGCUUGCCCAAGUUGCAUUCUGGGAGCGAGGAUCUACUGAGAAGAAGUGUGCUGGCAUCCUAAGGAACCGCAAGUCAAAUGAACACAGUUAUCCAAGCAGAGUCCCGCUGGCUCAUUGUUUCUCCGUCUGUGCCCCAGCUUUGUUCAACCAAAUCCUUGUCACAGACCUGCGGAAAUUCUCUCCAGGUCUUACCUGCGUUGUUUCUGGGGGAAUUUGAAUGUAGCUGUUUGCCUGUCGUACAAGCUUUGUGAGGAAAGUUCUUUUAUUUUGAUCCUUUUACACCUGAAAAGGUGUAAACGUUUCUAGCAGGCUGUAGUUUGUCAUUAGGUUACCACAAGAUGAGAUACAUCCAGCAAAUAGGAAAGAAACAUGACCUUUAACCUUUAUUUUGUAUUUCAGAUUUAUCUUGUUUCUGAACGGUGAAGUGCCCAGUUCUGGCCUCAUGUCUGUGGUAUCAGCCAGACCUGGGAACAAACACUUCGGGGCAUUAUUUCUAUUAUUCAAGCUGGUUUCAGGGUCUGUUUCACUCAUGGUCUUUUAUGGCCAGAGAUUCAUCCAAUGAGUCUUUGAUUUCUUGAGUAUGUUCAAUGGAAAGACAAUUUCACACCAGUGUUGUUCUAAAUCUGUACAGAGGGAAACAUGGGACAACAUGGAUUCAGCCUUGAAAAGCACAACUAGCUAGUCAUAAGAGCUGUAUUGCAAUCACUCGUGUGUGUAUAUUUGAUGAUCAUUCAGGGUUGGGGUCAAGUCUCAACAAGUUGGUUCAGUUGCAAAAUGUACACUGAAGAGUUUAAUGUCAAAUUUACCUCCCAGUCUAAAAAAGAAACAUUUUUUGAUCAGCAGACAGAUUGACCCUGACCCUGGUGCUCAUUCAGAUUCUCACACGGAGACACAGGCAUACUGACACACAGACAACUAUAAGCAAAUCCCUCUGCUCACAUCACAGCUGUUGUUAAAAUAUCCAAACAUUUGCCAGCUGCUUUCAAAUUCUUCCUAAUUCAGAUUUUUUUCUUUUUGCCUGAAAAAUCAACCUAGAAACUCUUGUGCCUUCUGUCGUUCGCCCUGCCUCCCCUCGACCCCCUAAAUCGACCAAACAAUCAUUAAGAAGAUCAAUCAGUCGUUUUUCAAUCGGACUCAUAACAAUCAAACCAAAAGGUAACCCGGAUGGAAUGGUUACCGCGUGUAGCCAGCAUUGGGCUCCUUGUCACUUUAAAAAGUGUCUAGUGCCUGAAACAAGGAUGUAAAUGCAGCUUUUGCCAUUAAUCAACUUUAGUGUGUGCAGUUGUUAGCAAAGCAGAGCCACACCAUAUUGUCAGCGCAAAGCGCUGCGUACUGGUCUGUGCCCCCGGUAACUAGGUCGCUGCAGCCCAGAGCCAUGGAUUAACAGAGUUUGACCAGGUUGCACUGAGAGCACCAUGUCGCUGCUUCUAUGAGAUACACAUGGAGAACAGAAAAACACAAGAAACAAAGCAUUAUCAGGCUGACUCCAAUUAGAACUAUGUUCUUUUCUGACAUUGGUGGAAAAACAACUUCUUUCUUUGUAUUUUGUUCAGUGGAAUUAUCUAAUAUUGCUUUGUUUUUCAGUUUUCCAUAUAAAAAUGAUGCCGACAUUUUGGCCAAACUCAUCAAUCAAUCAGGAACACACAAGUCUCCCAUUUGCAUUUGGUUACAGAUUCUCCUCAUUUGUCAUUUAAUUAACUAAGGAGCUAAAACUGAGCAUGUGGAAAAACCAUCUCGACUGACAUGUCCACUUACGAGCUUUAUCUGUGUUUUCAUCCACAUCUCUCAGUCUGAGCUGGCUCAGGUCACAUGACCUAAGAGUGGAAAAGCAUGUUUCAUGAGCAGCUUAAAAAUAAUUAUCAUUAAUAUAAAACCAACACUGACUCACCGUACUGCUUGGCAUGUGCACAUUAUUUGAUGAUUUCUAGGCAUCAAAGUCUUAAAAAGUGACAGUUGUUUCUGUUCACAGUGCAGCUUUUUGGCAUCAAGAGAAAUGAUUUAUAGUUCUGAUCAUCCAUGUGUAUCUCUAUAACUUUGGUGUUAUUAUUUUAUGGCCCCAACAUGGCUGCCACUGAAGUUUGAUGUGACCGAGCUCUUCUAACUUACGGCUCUGCUGUGUCUGUUCCUACUGUUAGAUGUAAUGGAAUAAUCAGCUUCAGAGGCCUGCGCUCUUAAGUUCUUGAAUUGAGUUGUUUGUAAAUUUGUUUAAAAAAAAACUUUUGGUUUUUCUCUCAGAGAGCUGUAUUUUGUACUUAAAGUGGUCCAUGAUAUUCUCAGGGGUUAGAAAACUUUUAAAAAAGAAGAAUAAAAGAUAAAAAAUUUUAUUUAAAA